UGCCACAUCAAUGCCACAUAUCAGUGCCUAUCAGUGCCACCUAUCAGUGCUGCCAAUCAGUGACACCUAUCAGUGCCAGUCAGUGUCGCCUAUCAGUGUGCAUCAGUGCCAGUCAGUGCCGCCUAUCAGUGCCAGUCAGUGCUGCCUAACAGUGCCGCCUGUCAGUGCCAUAUAUCAGUGUCAUGUAUCAGUGCUGCCUUUCAGUGCCCAUUAGUGAUGCCUGUCAAUGCCCAUCAGUGCAACCUACCAGUGUGCCUCCUCAUCAGUG